AUGGGGAAGUCCACGGUGGGCGAAAUGAUGGCGAAGCUCGAGGUUCCCGUUCACAGCGCGGAUGCCGCUGUCCACGAGCUCUACGCGGCCGGUGGGGCGGCGGUGGGUCCCGUGGCGGAGCUCUUUCCGGGGGUCCUGGGCGCAGACGGCGCCAUCGACCGCGCCGCGCUGGGACAGAAGGUGCUGGGACAGCCGGAGGCAAUGGCACGGCUCGAGGCGGUCGUGCAUCCCCUGGUGACGCAACACAAGGUCACUUGGCUCCAGGCGCGGGAACAGGAGCCGCUCGUCGUCCUCGACGUCCCGCUGAUGUACGAGACGGGCGCAGAGGCCAUGUGCGACGCGGUGGCGGUCGUGAGCGCCAGCGCCGAGCAGCAGCGCGAGCGCGUCCUGGCCCGGCCAGGUGCCUCGGAACACAAGCUCGACGCGGUGCUCGCGCGCCAGGUGCCUGACGCGGAGAAACGGCGGCGCGCGGACGUCGUGAUCGACACGGGGUGUUCGCUGGCGGAGACGGAGGCGCACGUGGCCGCGCUGGUCGAGGAGCUGCGGGGGCGGACGGACGGGACGGCGUGGGCGCGCGCGACGCAGGGCGCGUGA